CCUCAAGUGGGCAAGUUAGUUACGCGGUAACUUCAUAAGUGGCUCCCGACCCGAAGCAUCGAAGCGUGACCCGCUCACGGAAAUCUCAUUUUUUCCAUUUCACAUAAUUAAUUGAAUUCUGAGAAAUCGUCCGUGUCUGAUGAGCAGCUUUUGAUGAUGUCAGACAAACGCAGUGACGUGGCGGCCCUCCUCCACAAAUGGGCAACGACGGAGAUGAACUUUGUGCCCCAGGGCCGGCACGUCAAUGCUCCCAUGCCAACACCGCAGGAACUGAGAGGGAUUUGCAGAGGCGGUCUGCUUGAUAUCUGGGAGUUUGUGAAUGCAAGGGUUCACUCGGCCCAAACGGCAAGGAAGGUCAAGGGAAACCUAGCACUCCAAGCCCGGCACAGAUCAGGGAGCGGGUAUAAAGUGAAGUACAAAGGAGACACCAAGUACUCCCAGGAGAGGGCGGAGUUAUUGGAGAGGCAGAGGGGGUUGCGGUCCCAGCUGGAGGGAACCAAGGCGGACGUCAAGCGCCUGGGCAAGGAUCUGGGAAGACUGGAGUCUGAAAUCUUAUCUGCAGAACAAGAGUACCAGACGUCCUGUUCUGAGAUAUCAGACCUCCAGCACAAGCAGACGUUGCUGGGGGCGCAUUCUGCCGAGUGCAAGGCUAACACGGCCAGAUACGAGGAGUACACAAAACGCAUAGCGGGAAAGCUGAACCGCUACAAAGAACUGAAAAGUGGGCACGGCCAGUCAUUGUUGUUCAGCAAGCAAGGAUCAUCACAAACCAACGGCACAUCCUCACCAGGGCUGGAGUCUGCAUGCACGAAAGUUGUUCGUGAGUCGAGCUCAGAGGUUGCAUCGUUCCUCAAUCAGCUACUGAAGGGGGACUUCGGCUCGGACUCCAAAGCUUUGACCGAGAAACAGAACAGGAUAUGGGCGAGCAUCGAGCAUGUGCUGGCAGAUCACCCAGCUGAUCAAGUUGUCCGAUCACUGGCCGUCAUCGGCGAGGAAUCCGCCCUGUCGCUACGACAGACCACAAACAACAUCGACCUGAAGAAAGAUGCUGAGCAGCUGAGGUUUCAGCACGGUAGCAGCGGUCUACUGGAAGAUGCUGCCACUGCACCUGACCUCAUGCUGAGUGUCCAUCAAAUCAUAGAGGAGAAGCAGUUGGCCCACAUGCGCACAUUCAUGGUCACAGAGCAGAGUAGGAACAGUGCCUGGCGGCUGGACAAGAGACUAGCUCAGUUAGUCUCCCAGGUCCACAGACGACUAGCGGCAUUGCUAGCUGAUAACCCAGGCGCCUCAGAAAUGGCAAGGACCUUGUUCACUACCGAGUUGGAGUUGGUCUCCGCCACAGCCGCUCUUGAGCAGCUCCGGGAUUCCUGCAGGGAGCUCCAGGAGUCUGCCUCCAAGGCGUCCAAGGAGAAGGACAGUCUGUACAGCAAGUACCAGAAGAUUCAAGACUUCAAGAAGCUGACUGAAAAGAAGCAGGACCUGAUCCGAGUGCUGGUGCGGCAGAACUCCGAGGCCAAGAAAAAACUGGAGGUUCUUCAGAGAGAGAAUCUGAAGUACAUGCAGUCCACGCUGUGCAGUCAUGAGGCGGGCACUGUCGCCAUGGCAACCCAAAUGAGGAACGGGGUAGCUGAGGAGGUGGAGCGUUUCGCCCAGCUGCCGCUGCAUCUGUUACGCCUCACCUCAUUGGACAGCGGGCAGAGUGUUCCAGUGAACCAGCUGUCAAUCAACCGAUUCAGCAGCCAAUCAGAGAGCAGCGGGGGCGGGGCUAUCAUUGAAGUCCUUCAACUGCUGAGGUAUCCACUGUACAAGGCUCCAGAGAAUCUGCUGCCGUUCGCCGUCCAGCUGAAAUGUGAAAUAGCAGCGGUGCAGACGCUACUAGACUCACAGCAUCUACUCCAUGCUUCCAUGGCAGAGACCCACAGCGAUGACCUGACGGCCAUCCAGCAUGUAUCAGCCCUCACCUCAGAAGUCAGCGCUCACGAUGAGGAGCUGCUGAGGCAAGUCCUGCCUGUUCUACAGACCAGACUCAAUGAGUCUACGGACGCGCUUGCCUCCUGCAUUUCUGUGAAGGAUGCACUUUCAGCUUGGUGGGAGCAGCCAGCACAGCUUCUCACUCCUUGGGUCAAACUGGACGACCUCGCACUGCAACAGUGGCUGGACAAAUGGACGGUGGCCGUGACUAGACUGAGGCAGUUGGGCAUCUAGUGGCUCAUGUGGGGUCUGCUCAUAAGUCCGACGCCUCAUAGGUCCGACGCUUCAUAAGUCUGACAAAAUCGCAUCCCCUUAACAAAUAAAGGC